CUGGCAACGCUGCCUGGCGGGUGGCGAUUGCGUCAACAGUUGUCUGUGACUGACGGGUCUGUCAUUGCUUGAAGAUCUGUCCCACAUGGUCCGUUUUUUGCUUACAUAACUGUCCAGAACGUUCGUUAUUGUUUAAGGAACUUUCCUGCUGGUCUGUGGCAAUCGUGUCCAUCAUUGUAUAUAUUUAUAUCCCGCUGGUUCGUCAGAUUUGUUCAAUUUAUGACAGACGGGUUCGUCAUUGCGUAAAUUUCUGUCCAGCUGGUCUGUUACGCUCUGGUCUGUCAUUGUAUCAAUUUCUGUCUAGCUGGUCCAUGGCAGGCGGGUCUGUCAUUGUAUAAAUUUCUGUCCAGCUGGUCUAUGGCAGGCGGGUCUGUCAUUGUAUAAAUUUCUGUCUAGCUGGUCCAUGGCAGGCGGGUCUGUCAUUGUAUAAAUUUCUGUCCAGCUGGUCCAUGGUAGGCGGAUCCGUCAUUGUAUAAAUUUCUGUCCAGCUGGACCAUGGCUGUCUGAUCCAUCAUUGCGUCAAGAGGAUCACAGUUGUGCCAAAGGUCCACACAGGUGCCAAGUGUGCCACAUGCACCAUGCCCUGACAUAGUUGCGAUUCCUCGACAUAGCUGGUAGCAGCAGACAAGAGCAGGACUUGCUAAAAUCUGGUGUUCUGCAUCUCUUUUGUCUUCAUACGUAUUUAUUAUGGCUUCUGGACCAGUCCUUAAUACACUUUAUUCAAGGGUUCAAAUGUUUCCUUUGCACAAUGCAGUUGCAUCAAGAAAUUUUGUGGAAGUUCAAAGUUUAGUAGCAGAUGGUCAUGAUAUAAAUGAGCAACACUACGACCGCGUCACUCCACUUCACAUGGCCUGUCUCACAGGCGAUGUCCAGAUUACGGACUUCCUCCUUCAGAAAGGAGCAUGGCUUGCAGUUAAUGCUCAGAGUAUUGACAAUAGUACGCCCCUGUGUGAUGCGUGUGCUGGAGGUAAUGUUGAGUGUGUGAAAAUGUUACUGAAUCGUGGAGCAUUUGUUAAUCCACCUCUUCUUCUUUCAACACCACUGCAUGAAGCAGCUCUUAGAGGGUACACCGACAUCGUUACUGUCCUCAUUCUUGCUGGAGCAAAACUGAAUGUUAAUGAUCUUCAUUAUGGAACACCACUACAUGCUGCAUGUUCCAUGCAGUUUCCAUCCUUGACAUGCAUCAGUUUCCUCCUUAAAUCUGGUGCUAAUGUGAAUGCCAUAAAGAAUCACAAAACACCCCUUCACCUCAUUGCCAUGUUUAGCAAGAGUGACGAAGCUGCGCAGCUGUUAUUAGCAUAUGGUGCUGAUGUCUACAUGAAGGAUAAUCUGGGACGUACUGCACGAGACAUAGCUGGACCCUCUUCGGCACUGGCACAUCUUCUCGUUGCAAAUGAAAAGGACCCUCGACCCUUAACUCAAUGUUGUCGACUUACCAUACGUUCACAACUUGGUCCAAGCCGUCUUCAGUUGAUUAACAAAUUAGAAGCACCACCUAUUUUGAUUGGGUUCUUGCAGUAGUUCCUGUUAGCAUGAUAACUGUAAAUGUUUUAAAAAGGACAGAAUAAAGAUUUCUGUUGAAUAUAAAGUGUAUAGUGAAAUAUAUAUUCUAAGCAUAAAGCUGUGUAUGUGUACUUUGCAAGUGCUUGGCAAACUAGGCAGCUGCAAAAUUUUGUUUGUGAACUAUGAAACAACACAAAUUUUGUUAUACAGUGAAGAGGUGGGUGGGGGGUGCAAAGCUUGAAUGUUUACCCAGGCCACCAAAUACACCUGCACCAGUCCUGACUGAAUAUUGGGGAGCACCUUGAAUGAUUCGAUUAUGGUAAGUCAUAAAAUUCCACAUUGUACAUAUUCCAGCAUAAUUUAAACUAAGAAAACAUAAACCAUGAGUAUUAUGGAAUGAUAUUUUUUUAAGAAAGUAUUUAAAUGAUGGUGUAGGUUUUGAAGUGUGUAUAUUGGACUAAAUCUGAGUUGAGGGGAAAAGAGUGGCAGGCCAAGGAAAAGAGGAGCAGACCUGGUGUGUGUGUGUAAGGCAAUAGUCACUAAUGUUAUGAAAUUAGUGAAGUGCUGCUGUGGAUGAUUUGAUGAAGUGUGAUUGUCCUGUUUCUUUGAAAUGCUGUCAAAUCUUUAUCUGCUUCUAUAGUGACAUUUAUUCAACUUGUCGUGUUUCCAAAUACUUUUAGUGUUAUUGAAACUAAAUUCAGUGAGGAAACUAUAUCAAGGUUGAAUCAGAACAAACACGAGUUCAGUUUUAUAAGUUUUUUGCAUGUGGAAAAAUAAAUAAGCUUUACCAAAAUGUAUGUAAAUGAUAUUUGGUGUUUCCAGAGUCAACACACAAUGGUGUUUAGACUCUCAUCUAUAAUAUAAGAUGAGGAAAACUACAUAUGGUGGCCAGGAACACACAGCAGCAAUAUUUAAGUUUGUAAUGUUACAGAGUGUGGACCUUUGGUUGUAAAGCUAUUGAAGAACAUGGAAAUAUACCAACAGUCAAAGUCACAACACACUCCCCUGGCAUCUGUUAGGCACUGUCUUGCUAAAGGAUGGGAAUUAAAGACAUAAAUAGAACCAAGUACAGUAGUACUUGGUACUACUGUACCAAGACAGCAGUACUUGGUAGUAAAUGGUGCAAAAGUGCAGCAGAGAGGCUGCACUGUCACACACAUUAAGACAUUAGGAUGAGUACCAUAUAUUGCAUCUUUUAAUACUCAGAAAAUCCUUGCACUCCUCCUCAUCCCUUAACAUUCUAGAGUAAUGUAAUCCCUGUAAAGGAAAGAAGUAUAGCCAUUAUGUAAAAUGGCACACAGACUAUAAAAUCCCCUAUGUUAUUCCAGAAUACUGACUUAAUGCCUUUAUACAGACUGAAUCCAUUUAUAAAAAAAUGCUUAAGCCUUCAAGUACAUAGUGUAUGCACAAUCACUCGCCUAACACACGUUAACUUUUCAUUUUGUAGUGUCCCAAAGUCACAAACACACUGAGUGUGCUUGACUCAAAGGGCAAGGUCAUCAAGCACAUCCUACAGUUAUUAGAUUGCUUCCAGUUGUGAAGACAUUGUCCGUGAUGCUUAUAAAGUUGCUCUUUUCCCGAGAUGUGGGACACAGCCAAAGCACUACUAAUUUCAUGCAACUAAUGGGGAAAUAUGACUCUCCACAGACUCACCACUUGGGUAUAACCUAGUCCUAGUCUCUCAAGUGUCUGCUAAGUCAUUUCUGCAUCCUACCGAGUCAUGAGGAAUUAGUGUGUCCACAAAGUAUCUUAGACCAAAUGAAUCUCUUACAUUUUUCCUAGGGCAAGUGCUCUAUAUUUAUUUAUUUAUUUUAUUUUUAUUUAUAUUAUUUAUUUAUUUAUUUAUAUUAGCCUGCCUAGGCUUGCUGUCUUGCUCAUUGCCUCAAACCUCUGAUUUAAAGCAAUGAGUACUUACCAGAUGUUGACACACAUAUACCUGUCAUUGGGAUGCCUAGGAGGAGUCUUCAGACCCUGAAAUAUGAAACCUGAUUAGCCAGCAAUCAUUUUCAAAUAUAGUUACUGCCAGUUACUGUUCACACUGCAGUUACUCAUGGCAAAUGCUACAUUCCAGCGGGCACCAUUGGUUAAAAGCAACCGAACGUUACAUAGUAAACAUUAUGUAACAUUGGUCGCUUUCAACUAACGGUGCCCACUGGGAUGUGUGUGUCAUGGCAAUGUAAAUAUUUUGAUGAUCUAUAAUAUACAGUAUAGGGUAUAUUAUUUAUGACAUUUCUACAGCCAUUAUUUUAUGCUUAUUAGAGUUCUGAUGCCAAGAUUUUAAAGAAAUUAUCAAACAAAAUUAAGUAGGUACAGUACUGUACUUUCAUACAUAUACAUAUACAGUAUGUAAUAGCUUUUGGUAGAAGAUAAAAGUAAAUUCCCAGGUGUACAACUGCUCCUUAGAUUGUAGAAAUUUGAGAUUUCCAUUUACAAUAAAGCAGGUGCCACAAUAAUAUCUUACUUUAGUAGACUGAAUAAACACUUGUAUUAUUG